UGAGAAUAUUUAGCAAUAUAAAAUAUAAUUUCAACUUGAAACGUUCCUACUUCCAAAAUAUUUCUAUUAGACACAUAUUUUUCUCACGGACAAUUCGGGUAUUUAAUGAAGUUGACAAUGUGGAACAUUUCAUUCUCAAAUACUCCUCCACCCGAACCAGUCAUUUUGACACGAUAAAAAUCAUCUCUCUCAUCUCAAUCUGUCCCCCGAGUACAAUUUAAGAUUUUCUAAAAUGAUCGAAUAUUGGUGGCACAUUGCCCUACUUGCCAUUGUUUUUUGGGCAGCAAAAGUUUGCAUUUAUCGCACCCAAACAAAACUUCUUGUCGUAAAUGGCGCAAAUCAAGACGAAGAAGACGCCAACAAGGUGAUCAUCCCAUCCACUAAUGUAUCUACUGAGGAAACGGUAUUCGAUCUCAAAAAACCCGAUAAGCGAAUCCCCGUCUCCGUCAACUUCCAUUUCACACGAAAGUGCAACUAUGAGUGCGGGUUCUGUUUUCAUACGGCAAAAACUUCACACAUAACUCCACUCGAGGAUGCAAAGAGAGGUCUGAAAAAGAUGGCAGAUCUCGGCAUGAAAAAACUCAAUUUGUCUGGAGGAGAACCCUUCCUCUAUUGGAAAUAUGUCGGAGAAAUCUGUAAAUAUUGCAAAGACGUCUUAAAACUGGAAUCCGUCUCCAUCGUCUCGAACGGGAGUUUAAUCAAGGAACGAUUCUUCAAACUGUACGGCCAGUACUUGGACAUUCUCGCCAUUUCCGUCGACUCUUUCGACGAGGAAACCAACAUCAAGAUCGGUCGGGGAACUGGUCAACACACUGCCAAACUGCUCACAAUCUCAGAUUGGUGCUCCUCCCACAAUGUAAAGUUCAAGCUUAACACGGUCGUAAACCGGUACAAUCAUGCCGAAGAUUUCGGACAAAUAAUCUCAUCUCUCAACCCAACUCGAUGGAAAUGCUUUCAAGUUUUAUCCGUUGAUACGGAAAACACGGGACAUAAUUCACUCCGAAAUUGCGCAGAGUUUCUAAUCUCGGAUGAAGAAUUUGAAAAUUUCUGCACCCGACACGCCCACCUGUCCUGUUUCGUUCCAGAGUCAAACUUUAUGAUGAAAUCGUCCUAUAUAAUUCUCGACGAGAAAAUGCGCUUUCUUAACAAGGGGGACGUUUACAAGGAGUCUGAAUCAAUUUUGGAUGUUGAUGUGGAACAAGCGCUAAUUGAGACGGAUUGGGAGCCGGACGUCUUCGUCAAACGGGGAGGUGUUUAUGAUUGGACGGUGGAUAAGCCUGCUUGUGGGGAUGAUCCUGCUCUUCAGUGGUGACUGAUUUUGUGGCACUUUAAAUUGUAUGAUUACUAUUAACAUUAUACGCUUAUGUUGAAAUCUUAAGUAGAAUAUGCAAUAUUUUAGAAUAUUUUCAAUAUAGAAUAUUUUCAUUACAUAUUUAACCUUGAGAUUUGCAUAUCGAGUCAACUAUUUAUUAAAAAAACAGAGCUUAUCAAUUAUAACUUUUCGCUUAUCCCAAGGUUAAAUUGUACUAUUUCUUGUCACAAUGUAAUUGAGUUCCUAGCAUUUCAUGGAUAAGUUAAUUGUGGAGGGCAAGAAUAUUUAGUUGCAUAGUGCGGAUCCCUAAAUUGUGCAAACAUAUUUUCCAUUCAUAUUUUGUUCUUAAUUUUUUGCAAGCAUUAUUAUUAGCUUUAUUACAACUUUUUUUCCAUAUUCUUCCGUUCAUAUGUACUUACCAAGUUACCACCACCUUACACAUGUUCAAACAAAAACAUGUAUCGUGAAAGAGUUGCCUAAAUAAAUAAAGAAAACUUA